AUGUUGCUCACGAGUGACCCUUUUAAAGGAUACAAAUAUAGAAAACUUAUUGGGCGUGUCUCUCGAUAUCCAUUGGAUCUUAUUGCUAAGGAAUUGAAAAGAGUGCAACAGAUAGGAUUGGACUCAUCAAAGUGUGGAUGCGCAUUGAGACGUACAUUUGGUGUCCCCUGUGCAUGUGAAUUAGCACGGUAUAAUGUUGGAUUGAUCCCUCUGGGUGAAUUUCAUAUCAUGUGGCGAAGAUUGCAUUUCUCAAAUGUUGAAUUAAAUGAAACUGAGCCCGAGUUAUCCAUUAAAGAUGAGUUGAAAAAAGUAGAAGAACGAUUCAAUGAGGUUGACAUUGGAGGUAAAGUCACCAUCAAGCAGAAGUUACUUGACAUUACUUGUCCUAAAUUGACAUCAAUGGUCCCUCCACUACAUAAAGUCAAGACAAAGGGUGCUAAAAAAAGUAAAGUUCAACGAAGAGAAAGGUCUACGACGCGGGAUCCAUCAUAUUUUGAGUAUGUCGAUGCCUUUCAUUCAACCAUAGAAUCUUCAACUGUGAAAAGUAAAUUACAAUCAAAGCCAAAUGUAAUGAAGAAAAAGAGAGUUCCAAUGAUAGACCAGUUUCAUUCUAUUACUCACCCUUUCAUUGUGGAUGUUGUUGAUGUUGUGGCUGAUGGUCAUUGUGGAUAUAGAUGCAUUGAUGUGUCGUUGGGACUCAGAGAAGAUUCAUGGCCCGUUAUCAGAAAUGAUUUGUACAAAGAACUCAGUCAAUGGCGUGAUGAAUAUGCAAGCCUAGUAGGAGGGUAUGAUAGACUAGAAGACCUAAGGAACUCUUUGUUGGUGCAGUCACAGUCGACACUGUUUUAUGUUAAGUUACAAGAAGGUUGUCCUUUGCCCAUGGUGAAUAUCAUAUCCUCAACCCACUGUUAUCUUGAGGCACGAGCAUGGUCAUCUAUUUAUACUAGCAGGAUGCAAGCAUUUGCACAGUUGAUGGGCGUAACGACAUCUUAUAUUGACUUGGGUGAUUCGUGA